AUGGGGAACUGGAAUUUCCUUGGAGGCAUCCUGGAGGAAGUUCACAUCCACUCCACCAUAAUUGGAAAGAUCUGGCUCACUAUCCUGUUCAUAUUUCGAAUGCUUGUUCUGGGUGUAGCAGCUGAGGAUGUCUGGAAUGACGAGCAGUCUGGCUUCAUCUGUAAUACAGAACAACCUGGCUGCAGAAAUGUGUGCUAUGACCAGGCUUUUCCUAUCUCCCUUGUUAGAUACUGGGUUUUGCAAGUGAUAUUUGUGUCUUCACCAUCCCUGGUCUAUAUGGGCCAUGCUUUAUACCGACUGAGGGUUCUGGAGAAAGAGAGGCAGAGGAAGAAAGCUCAACUGAGAGGAGCACUGGAGGGGGUGGAGUUUGAAAUGCCUGGGGACCGAAGGAGACUGGAGCAAGAACUUUGUCAGCUGGAACAAAGGAAACUAAAUAAAGCUCCACUCAGAGGAACACUGCUUUGCACUUACGUGGUACACAUUUUCACUCGCUCCGUGAUUGAGGUUGGGUUCAUGAUCGGACAGUAUCUUUUAUAUGGAUUUCAUUUAGAGCCUUUAUUUAAAUGCCAUGGCCACCCGUGUCCAAAUAUAAUUGAUUGUUUUGUCUCAAGACCAACAGAAAAGACAAUAUUCCUACUAUUUAUGCAAGCCAUAGCCACUGUUUCGCUUCUCUUAAAUGUUCUAGAAAUUUUCCACCUAGGUUUUAAAAAGAUUAAAAGAGGGCUUUGGGGACAAUAUAAAUGGAAGGAUGAGCAUAAUGAAUUUUUUGCGAACAAGUCAAAACAAAAUCCUGCCAAGUAUCAGAGCGCAUCUGCAAAUUCACUGAAGAGACUCUCUUCUGCACCUGAUUAUUACCUGUUAAUGGAAAAGCAAAAACACACAGCAGUGUGCCCUAGUUUAAAUUCACCUGCAUUUCAGGUGGAUCCUGACAAUCACAGCGGAAAUGAUGAGAAAUGUGUUUUGGAUAAACAAGAAAUUGUACUUUCUGAUGAGAUGCACACACUUAGCGCUACCUGUAGUCAUCUUCAACACUUCAGCUCAUGUAAUAAUGAAGACACUCAUAAAAUAUUUAGAAAAGAAAUGGGUAACCCAUUAAGGGAAAAGAGAGAAAUUGAUUGCAAAGACAGCAAAAGGAACCACUGCUCUAGAGGUCACUGUUCUAUUCCAGGUGUUGCUAUAGAUCUGGACAACCACAUGGGGCAGUCAUCCCAAACAGCUUUCCCUCUACCUGCUAACUGUGCCUGGGAACAGUUGUGGCCUAGUGCUACGUGGGGUCCCUCUAAGGAAGAUGAAAAUCAGGUGUCACCUCCUAAAGGAAACCUGAAGGGCCAGUUCAGAGAGGGCACAAUUAGCACCCUUCCUCCUUCCCAGGGAGACUGCCAGUCACUUGACAUUCCAGAUACUCCUGCUUCUUUGGGACAAUUGUCCUUUGAAUCUGAUUUGGUCAGAAGCUGCAAUAAUCCUACUGCUUGUCCUCCAAAUCAUUUGGGAUUGCUGACAAACAACCUCAUUGGUAGGCGGGCUCCCACAGACCUUCAGAUCUGAACAGCUGUUGGCUUCUAGACAUUCUGCAUAUUAAGCUAUCACAGAAGUACCCUAGUGGUGGUGGAGUGCAGGCAAGACAAGGGUAGCCCUAAAGACCCGUUGUUAAGGCAGACAACUGCAAAACCAUUUCAAAAAGGAAAAAGAGAUUAAUUCUGAAUGGUGAAGGGGCAGUUUUAAACUCAAUGACAUAGUUACCAAAUCAGAAUUACUUUUUCAGAGACUUCCUUUAAAAUUCAUGAAAACUGAUUCUGGGAAAGUCACAUGUUCAGAAUCGAGGCUUAAUGGUUUGGAAACAGAUUUUUCCCUGAAGGGAGUACAGCUUUAGGAGACUGUCCUUGUUCUACAUAAUUCUCCUUUCUACUUGCUAAUCUUUUAUUUCUGGACAAUGGUUCAAUUGUUUGUCCCUGGGACUUAAUUUAAUUUCUUUAUUGACUGCAACCUGAUGUCUCCUGAGUAUAGUGAUAAUAUUGCUGUCUAGUAAAUAAAAUUUUAAAAAGA